AUGGUUGAGGGGAAUAUAGGGUGUGGAAAGUCAACAUUUUUGCGUUACUUUCAGCAGCUUUCUCCUAAAAAUGAAGUCAUGCAUGAACCGCUAUAUUUAUGGAAAGACGCUAGAGGCUAUGAUCUAUUCGAACUUAUGUAUCAUGAUCAACGCCGAUGGUCUGUUCCUUUUCAGGCUCAGGUCCUUGUGACAUUACUAGACCGUCAGUCAAAGCCACCAACUAAACCAAUACGCCUAUUGGAAAGGUCAAUCCAUAGCAGUCGGUACUGUUUUACAGAAAAUAUGCACAAUAAUGGGAGUAUUUCAGAUGCUGACUAUGAAGAGCUCAUCAAAAUUUUCCAAUGGAUAUUGAAGAAUAAAAGUGGACCAGUAGAUCUAAUCGUAUAUUUACGUGCAAGUCCAACUGUUUGCUUCGAGCGUUUACGUGCUAGAAAUCGUUCUGGUGAAGAAGAUAUUCCUCUUAAAUACCUUGAAGAUUUGCAUGAAUUACAUGAAGCUUGGUUAAUUGAACGCCGUUUCGGUCAGCUACCUGCUCCUUUAUUAGUAUUCGACUGUAAUGCACCAUUACCUGAACUUUUAUCAACCUAUCGAUCGCAUAGAGAACAAGUUAUGUGCGGCGUUGAGGCAUGA